GGCACGAAAGCACAGUUUCUAGCAGCAAAGGCUUUAAAGAGGCAGUCAUGGCGGUUUCACACUAAAUACAUGAUGUGGUUUCAGCGGCACGAAGAACCGAAGACGAUCACCGACGAAUACGAACAGGGAACGUAUAUUUACUUUGACUUCGAGAAAUGGUCUCAGCGAAAGAAGGAAGGCUUCACGUUCGAGUAUCGCUACCUGGAAGAUCGCGAUCUGUCGUAG